UAGCUUUUCUGGAAUUAUCUCUGGAAUCACUGCCGGCGUAUCAUUCCCAUUCCGUAGUCGAAGAGAUUUGUUUACCACAGCUGCCACAGAAUAUUCGCAAAAUAUAUUCGUUGAUUGCAUCGGAAAAAAAUCGAAUUGUGAUACAUUUGGUCGCUUAAAUUAGUCCUAGUAAAAUCGAUGUGGUAAAUCCGAUCCACGCAAAUGGCAAACCAAGGUCAAGGAGAUCCGGUGCUGGGGUACAACGGCUCGGCCACCGAUCGCAAAGAGGGCCUCGUGAACAAUGAGUUUAUGUCCGAUGUGGUUUUUCUGGUGGGCGAGAAGGGACAGCGAAUCCAUGCACACAAGCUGUUUCUGAUUGCCGCAUCCGAAUACUUUUAUGUGAUGUUCAAUGGGAACUUUCGGGAGUCUGUUGCGAACGAGAUUGUGCUGGAGGAUAUAGAGCCAGCGAUCUUUCUGGAGAUCAUGCGGUUCGUGUACUGCGGGAAGAUUGUAUUAACUUUUGAAAACAUCCACGAGAUUUACAUUCACUCUCGGAAGUACAUGCUGAUGGAGUUGUUAAAUAUGGCUUCAGAUUUUCUGGAGAAAAAUAUCGAGCCAGAUAAUGCGCUGAAGAUAUUCACCCAGAAUCGGUUCUAUGGGUUUCAGUUCGUGGAUGAGAAAUGUUUGAGGAUGAUAAGUAACAAUCCAUUGUAUUUCUUCAAUCACGAGGACUUUGCGACGAUCGACCGGGAAUCGUUGAGUUUGAUAUUGGGUUCGAAAAAGAUUAAUUGCACUGAUGAUCAAUUGUUGGGAGCGAUGGAUAUCUGGGAGAAGACACAUGAAAAGGAAAGUGUGGACGAACUGAGAGCUGUGAUUAAGAACGCUAAGCGUUCGUACGAUUGUUAUAAGUUGCGUAUGUUUGGGCCGUCUUCUUCUUCCGAGCCAAGCGAUUUUGGAUUCUCAAUUACAUCGGAAACCACGGUGAACAUGUAUGGAAUCGGAGUGUACAUCAAAUCAUGCGCGGCGGUCAUAUCAGUGGAGCUGAAGAUUUGGGAAAACGACAUCGAGAUUGGUUGCGAUUUGUUCGAGUAUGAGAACGAAAACUUUUUGACCGUGGAUGUGGCCAAUCUGUUCUUUGAACAGAUUGUGUUGAAGCCCCACCAUAGAUACAGGAUUUCGCUUAAUAUAACGCCGGCAGUGGAACCGUUUACCAUUCAAAAUCCGAAGAUGCAUCACGAUCGUAUCAAAAUGUCCAUUGCGAAUGUGGUCUACGGACGCUGUGAUAGCAUGUUCUGUGCGAUAGCUCAUCUACACUGCAAGGAAAGACAGCACAAGGCGAUCAAGCAGAAUACUUGAGAGGGAAGUGAGGUGGCCGCUUCGAGUUAGAAAACAAAUCGUAGUAGUAACUCGUUAAAAUUCAGAGCAUUUAGGUGUACUUAGGCAUUUCCGAGAAAAUAUAAUAAAGUUUCGUGUGGCGAAGAAUGAAA